GAAUGCAUGGAAAACAACACGUAUUCACAAGCGAACCGGGGCUAGAUUGUUCGUAGUAAUCGGUAGGUGUAUGUCAAAUAUCAUCAGUAAUUACAAGGGUCUACUACAAUGUAGAUUAAAGAAAAUUCUUCACGACAUACACAAACAGGUUGAGUGACUGCCAUGAUUAGCAGAGUAAGACCAAAGUUUUGAAAAUUUGUAGUUGGGACAGGCGGUGGAGCCAUCUAUCUAGGGGCACAGAGAAGAAGAAAGCGCUGAAGGAUCCUAACACAGCUGACCGUCCGAACCGCAUAGACAUAAUUUGACUUUUUCUCUGUGGAAAUACUUCUUCCAUACAGAGGCGAUAAUGGAUCCAGGAGGUUGUCGUCUACAUGGUGGCGGUGGAAGCGACAGCCAGGGCUACGGAAACGAUGGUUCGCGACCACAAACUGGGAUGAUCACACUGGAAGACCUAGAAUCAUUCUCGGAGGACCAACUCUCAGACUCGGGUAACGGUAGUUUGGAGGAAGGGGGCCAGGUUAUGGAAGAAGAUGAGUCCGACAGAAUGCUCCACUACUGGCAAGAUGCCGCGAGUGGACAUCAAGUGGAAGUUCCCAGAGAUAUGGCUGAGCCAAUCUACCAGCUGACCACAAACAAUGAAGGCACACACGAGCGAGAAAGCGUUCCUUUCACCCUUAUCAGCCGCAAGGAGAAGUGUGGGGAGGUUCUCUAUGAGAAGCGACACUAUGAGAAGGCCUACUGGGCCUGUGCCACGGUCCAUGAGGAGACUUAUGAGCAGAGCAUCUGUUAUGGCUUCAUGAAGCUCAUGAGAUACAUCUGUCAGCAGAACUCCACAGGUAGCUAUCUUGGUCUGACCAUUCCCAUUGUGACGGUGGUGAACACGGAUGACCAGCACCACACCAUGUCCAGAGAGGUGACCGUAGCCUACCACUUACCCACCCACCUCCAAGCCCAGCCACCACACCCUUAUGACGCAGACAUUGUCAUCCAGGAGUGGGCCGCCACCAUUGUCUACACAAGGGCUUUCACCGGGCCAACAAACGAAGAAACCAUUUUAUACCAGAUCAACAUGAUGGCCGAGAUUCUGGAUUCCCCCGAGAUCACCUUGAAUGACUCCUUCAUCGUGGCUGGGUACACCAACCCGGCUGCCACCAACCGACAAAACGAGAUCUGGUUCAUCGAGCGGCCCUGAGUGCCCUGUCGCUACCUCGCCCACCACAAACCCCCCUCCUUCCCCCGUCUCAUACAUCCUUCCACAUCAUGACUCUCGACCACCUCCAACACGAGGGCCUUGGGAGGGCCGCAAUUCCAGUGCUGCGCAAGCCAAUUCUUUGGAAGCUAGAAGCACUUUGAGACUCCUGUCUACACCCGUUUCAUAGAUCAUUCCGGAACCUCGCGCAGCAAGGGAAAAGGGGUUGGUGUUCUUAAUUCCGUUUUUGAAAGACAGGCAAUUAUGAUUCAUGCUGCCACCAUAUAAUCCCCUACAGAGCUGGAAUGCUGGUUUGCUUGUUCAUUUCUGACCAAACAAUCAAUCACUCUCUGACACCAGCUAUUCAAACAUUGCUUCAGGGUUUCUCCCACACUCACUGCUUUAGUUACUGCUACUGAUGUCUUCCUUAGCUAGGAACACAAGGCACUGCGGUGAAUCAGUAUGCACGUACGUCGUCAUAAUUUUUGUCUGUUUGUGUUUGCCAUUAAGGAACACCAACAGACUGAAUGUAUUAGUGAGUGAUAGAAGGAAAAACUCAAUUAGUCUAGACUAACAGAAGUGGUUUGCUGUAUGACAAUCAACACAUUGUUUGCAUCCCAUAUAUCACUGUGCAACUUCCAGGAAGAAACGCAUACCUCAUUCUUAAAGCCAUAUACCUCACUAGCUCUGUUUAUGUCCCAGACAUUGCAUUGUGUCGAUGUUCACUGAGUGCACACACCAUUUCAUAACUACCUGGCACUCUUUGUAGAUUGACGAACGAGCAAUACUGUAAAACAAUAAUUGGACAGUACAGAAACGCGUGCACUGAAUUCAGAUUACAAUGCAAUUUUUGUUUUUAAAAAGUGUUUUUCCACAUAUGACAAUAUGCUACAGGGUUUAAAACCAAAUAAACUUGAGCAAGGUUUUUCAGGCUAAUAACAACACUAUAUAUAUUUUCGCCAGUAUGAUUUUUUUAUGAAGAAAGUAAUGUUUGAGAAAUGUUUUAAGUUUGAUAAUAUUUUCAUGUAAGACAUAACGUCCAGUCAGAUUACUCUUAACCCAAACUUGAGUCACUUGAGUCCUUGGGACAUUUGGCAUUGUCAGGGUUCAUGAGAGGAAACCACUGUACAGAAGCCAGGUAUAAAUGUAGGUUUGCAUAAGAAAGAAGUCUGGGGAUUCAAUUGAGGGUCAGCAAAGACACUCUGGGCAACUUCAUUUAAAAGGACUUACCCAGAGAAAGGCACUGGAGCACACAGAUCUUUUUAAUUAUUUAUUAUACAAACACGACCAACGUUUCGAUGCUACUGCGUCUUCAUCAGAGUCAAAACAGCAAUGACUUGGAUAUAUUGAUUGCAAUAUAGUUUUCUUCUAUAUUUAUUUGCAUAACUGUAUCUUUAAUUUAUGUUUCAUGUGACCUUUUGUGAAUUAACAGCAUUGGAUAAUUGUACCUUCGCCGCUCCACCUAUAGGAAACACAGGUGAAGUCUAGGUGAGGCUAUUCAUCUGGUCUCCAUCCAAGUCACUGCUGUUUUGACCCUAAUGAAGACGCAGCAGCGCUGAAACGUCGGUCCUGUUUGUAUAAUAAAUAAUUUUGAAGAAGAUCCGUGUGCUCCAGUGUCUUUCUCUGGGUAAGGCCUUUUAAGUGAAGUUACCCAGAGUGUCUUUGCUGAUCUGUAUGUCUAUUACUGAGAGCACCGGGAUUCUGAAUAAGCUGGCUGAAGCGCGAGUGUCUCUCUAUAAUUCAACUGUGGGUGACAAUGAAAAUUUGAAUCCGCAAACCUUUCAUCUGCUUGCUCUUCAUGACCUUUUUUGUCCUUCAAUUUUAAAUGGUUAACAAAAACAGAGACUCCAAACACUGCUAUAACAGACUGUGAUUCCUUCAGAGACAUGUAUAAAAACAGAGACUCCAAACACUGCCAUAACAGACUGUGAUUCCUUCAGAGACAUGUAUAAAAACAGAGACUCCAAACACUGCUAUAACAGACUGUGAUUCCUUCAGAGACGUGUAUAAAAACAGAGACUCCAAACACUGCCAUAACAGACUGUGAUUCCUUCAGAGCUGUGUACAUUUUCAGACUCCCUCUGUAAAGGUAACUAGACAGCUGUAACAACCAUUAAGAGGAGAAAGCUCAGUAAUCCCUCACGUGUAUAUUAUAAGGUUAAGUGUUGUUCUGAUGCAUUGCUGUAUUUGAAGUCACUUGGUCAAAAGUGAGUACUGUGAGUUGCUGUUUAACAUUAUGGUCUCUUCACCUUCCUACAUUGGGACCUAGUUCUUUUAAAGAUUUCCAACCAGGGAAGGCCAUUGUAGUUUACAGAUGUUAAAUAUGUGAGUAGACCUUUCUCAGGUAUCGGAUUUGGAGGGGUAGCUCAAGUCUUUCAACAAUGAAGGUGAAUGGAGGCUGGAUAUCUAGGAGCCUCUUAUUGAGGUGUUUUAGUUUGCUCAUUCUUUCAGUGUUUUGUAAAAGUGUUGUACAAGAUGUUUCAAAAUGAAGUUUUAACAAGAAGAGCUAAUUGUGGAUUCCUUGAUUAUUUUACUAACAUUUGUUUAUUUUCUUUGGAAAGAAAGUAAUAAAAUGUAAACUGAUCACUUGAGAA